AUGGAUCAAUUAACAGUAUCAGAAAGAUUUAAAAUAGCAUGCAAACAAUAUGAUGAACUUCUAGAAUCAACAGGUAGACAAGAUUCAAUUGAAUUUCAAACAUCAUUACAAAACUUAAUAAAAGAAUUUGAAUUAAUAUUAAAAAUUAUAAAUCAAUUAUCAUUAUUUAGUGAUAAUGAAGAAUUAAAAGAAUUAUCAACAAAUUAUAUUCCAUAUUUAAAUAUAUGGUUUUAUUUAUCACAAUUAUAUUCAAGACUGUUGAUAAGAAACAAUAAUAUAUCAAUUGAUAAUAAGCCAGACUAUUUGAACAUAAGUAAAUCAUAUCUUAUUGAAUUUUUAACAAAUUUGAAAAAUUAUCAAUUAUUAACUAAAGAUCAAGAGACAAAAUUAAAAUUAAUUGAUGAAGGAGAACCUUUUGCAUUAUCACCACAAUUAAAAAGACAAGAAAAGAUUGAAAAUUUUAAAAAAGAACAACAAUUAAAAGAAAAAAUUGAAUUUUUAAAAGAAAUUGAUAAUGAUAAUGAUAAUGAACUGAAUUCAAAAAUUGAUGAAGAUACUAAAAGAUCAAUAUAUAUUAAUCAACUACAAUUUAAUUUAUUAAAAUCUUUUGAAUUAAUUGAUUUAUUAAAUAUGGAAAUUCAAGUACUAAAAAAUAAACCAAUUAAUAAAAUAGAAGAAAUAAAUGAAGAAGAUAGCCGAUCAAAACCAAUAACAAAUAAUGAUCCAGCAGGUUUUACAACAAGAGUUGAGAAACUACCUACUCAAUCAAAAACAAAUAUAUCAAAUUUAAUAUCAAAACAAGGUAGAAUAUUACAACCAUUCACAAUAACAACAAAAGAAAAAUUAAAAAACAGAGUAUUUGGUACUGGACAAGUAUUACCUUCAAUGACAGUAGAAGAAUAUUUAGAUUAUGAAUUAGCAAAUGGUAAAUUGAUGAAACCAGAAGUUAGGGAUCCUAUCAAGGAUGAUGAAAAUUAUGAAAGUGAUGAAGAUGAUGAUGCUCAAUUAGAAAAAAGAAAAUGGGAUGAUUGGAAAGAUGAAAAUCCAAAAGGUGCAGGAAAUAUGGGUGCUAAUAUUGGUUAA